AUGCUUCUUUAUGUCCAAGACCUUCAUAAAAGGGGUGAUUCUCAUAAAAGGCUUGAUCCUAUUGAGGGAGAAAAUUGGGGACAACAGAUGGAUUACCUUUGCAUACGUCUUCAACUCUGUCGGUUGGAUAGAGUUACGUUACUUCAACAUUAUUAUCAAUUAGGAGAAAGGAUGGCUAUUUAUAAUUGGAAUACUUACGCUAGACAAGAAAUGAAAGACCGGUUUACCUCUGGGAAAUAUAAAAAGGCUGUAAGAACUGCUCGACGGAUUUACGCCCUUUAUAAGAUUCGUGGUGUUCAUAAUUUACUAGUAUCUGAUUAUAUCUCAGCCCAUGCGAUACUAGUAAUGACCAAAGAAAAUUUUGAAUUAUUAUUGGAGGAAGCCACAAAGGGACGGGACGAAGAAAUGGAACUAUCAUCUG